UUAUGCACAACCACCAGCUUUUGAUAAGCACACAAGUCCCAGUUCUUCCCCUCCCUCCUCUUUUCAUUUAUGCUCAAUUUUUGCCAUCCGCCAAGUCUCUUUCCCUCGAAGAAAUGAAGAGGCAAAAAAUAAAAAAGUCUCAGUUUAAAUCAGUGCAAGAUUAAGUGACUUUAUUUGUUCUGUGUGAGUGUGCGCCCUUUUGAUUGAUGAUCAGUGGCCGGCUGUUGUAAUUCCCAUAUUCGCCUCCAUCGAUUUUUCACUUUAAAGCAAAUUGUGGCACUUUAAAAAAAAUAAUGAAUUUAUUUGGGGUUCAGAUGAUUAAAAGUGUUUCCAAAAACUUGCACCACACAUUCAUGUGUGUGAGGACGACUCAACGCCGCCUCAGUGUUAGGACUGCAGCUCGUGAGCGGGCUGCAGGCAGCAUCACGCAUCACCUCGGUAUCCUGUCAUCUCCUUAUCUUCCUUUUUGUCUUUUUUUUUCUUUUUUUGCAGGAGAACCUGGGUUUAAUCUGCAUAGGCUACUUGUUUACACCUCAGAGGGGGACUUUAAUCAGAUUCAAAUCGCUUCACUUGGACUACUCCACCCCCCCUGACCGGACGAACGUACGCGAUAAGGUCUUGAAGACAAAAGAGACGAAGCAACGAUGUGUCUCAUUGCCGGAAGAAGAAUAAGUCGGUCGUAAAUAGGAAGGGGGUGGGAAAAAAAAGUGGCUUUACUGCUGCAGACGUGCACGCCUGGAGAUCCACGCGCACGCACACGCGCGUCACGCCGGUCCUUGGAGACUCUCUGGCGCUGCGCAGCUUUGCGAGUUGCUUCGCGAUUGGCUCCCUCCCUCCGUGUCUCGCUUCCUCCCUCCACGCCUCUCCUUUUUCCGAGGAGGCAGGCAUGCUCGCCCCGGCCACAAAAGCUCCGAGGCGGCGUCAAACUUGAGUCCCGUACCCCGGCCUGCCAGUGUUUGCAAGCGUGUCCACGCGCUCUCCGUGGUGCUGAACGUGGAAACUAGCCGUGCCGAUCAACUCGUGAGGAGGUGUCGGGCGCACCGAGCACACCCCGCCGGCGUCUCGCGGGCUGUGCGGUCGUCAGGAGUCGUGCAAAGAAUCAUGCUGGGGAAGAAGUGGAAGAUGACACUGGACUUCCAGUGUGGACGGAGGAGGAGGUUGCACUGGUUUUUCUUGUUCCUCCUGCUCUUCGCUGCCGGAGGACUGCUUCUCUUCCUCCAGCAUCUGGACCCGUCGGAGAAGGUGCCCCAACGACCUGGUAUGAAGCUCCGUGGAACUGUGCUGCAAUCCAGGGAGACUGUUUCUCCUCAGGACAAAGACCAAGGAAAAUCUAACGGACAUCAGGAGCACCAAGUGGCUGAGGUCGUGGUGCCAAGUCCGAUCUCCCCCAUGCAGUUUCCGCAGUUCUGGAAGAGAGAACAGCUGGUCACAGGUGGAUCCCAAGAACAGGACUUGGGCUCGCAGCGCAUCUCCAAGAAGCACCGCAAGCUCUUGAAAACAAGUCCUCCCAUCCAGCGCAUCAACAAGUCUCCCUCCUCCUCCUCCUCUUCUUCAUUGUCAGGAUUAUUUUCCCUCCAGCGCUGGAGGAAGCUCUCCAGCAUCCUGGAGCAACGUCGGCAGCUCACCAAGGAGAUGUGUGCUAAGUACAAGAGCAACGUCUCCAAGACCAUCACGCAGCACCACGUGAAGAACAUCUUUGUGGAGGACAAGCACAAGCUCCUCUACUGCCAGGUGCCCAAGGCGGGCUGCUCCAACUGGAAGCGGACUUUGAUGGUGCUGGCGGGCAUAGCGUCGGACCCUCAGACCAUCAAUCACGAUACCGCCCACAUAGGCAACCCUCUGAAGACCCUGAACAACUUUGACCGACAGGGCAUCAUGCGGCGCCUGGGCAGCUACACCAAAGUGUUGUUCGUACGAGAGCCACUCGAGAGGAUAGUGUCGGCCUACAGGGACAAGUUCGAGAACCCCAACGAGUACUACCACACGCUCUUUGGGAAGCCCAUCAUCUCCAAGUACAGGCCCAACGCCUCCAGGUCGGCCUUGGAGUCGGGCAACGGCGUCACCUUCCAGGAGUUUGUGCAGUACCUGCUUGACGUGCACCGGCCCGUGGGCAUUGAUAUCCACUGGGAGGCGGCCAACCAGCUGUGCAACCCGUGCCUCAUUGACUACGACUUCAUCGGCAAGUUCGAGAACAUGGAGGAGGAGUCCGACCUGCUGUUGCGCUUGGCCAGAGCGCCGCGCAACCUCACGCUGCCCAACUUCAAGGACCGGAACUUGGCCGACGAGAGGACCUCAUUGAAGAUCACGCAGAAGUAUUUUGCCCAGCUCGGCCCAUUGGAGAGGCAGCGGGUGUAUGAUUUUUACUACAUGGACUAUCUCAUGUUUAAUUAUUCCAAACCUUUUCAAGUACUUAACUGACAGACUCUCGUAAAACUUCUUGCCGCCACUCUGCAGCUAUUCCACAUCAAUCAUCUAAUGAAGGAUUUGUGUUUGUUUGUUUGUUGGUUUGUUAAAAAAAAAAAAAAAACUUUGUACCAGAUUACAAGAUGCAAAAAUGUGCAUAAUGCUGCAUUAGGUUGACGGCCACCACUUGACAAUAAGCGUACCCCUUGUAAAGGGUUUAUAAAUGAUUUUUCAAAUUGCUUAGGAGCAAGUUUGUUAAUGCUUUGUAAAUCAUGCUGUAAAGUCAUAAGUGUCGCAAUACACAGCAAAUUAAUUGAGUUUAAAUGUAUUAACUGCUGCAUUGGCAUAUUCAAACAAAUUCUAAUGCAGUUCGAUAUACGUAUUGAAAAACCUACAACAGUGGAUAGACUUGGGUUCAAAUGCUGCUUUCAUGCAGUGCACAUCAGUCACUACGGAUCUUGUCACUACAGUGGGCAGCAAUGUUUGGUGUAGCGCGUUCCAAAAGUAACCUGUUAAAGCAAUCUAUUACAUUGAGGUGGAAACGUAUUAAUAUUAAAGAAUGACUCAUUAUAUGUUUAUUAUUACUGUUACUGAGUCCUACCAUGCGUUACAAUAGCAGUGCCACAAGACAAAGACAUAAAGAGAAAGCGACUAAUUCAACCAUUUUCUUUGUAGAUUGCUAAGUGAGCCUAUCUAUCGAGCUAGCCAGCUAGCUAGCUGGCUAGCUUGAUAGAUACUGUAUAUCUUUUGUUAGACCAAUUACAAACUAUACUUAAUCUAUCACUAUUAUUUGUUGACAAAUAAUCAGUUAUACUUCAAUACAUAAAAAAGUACUUUGUCUUAUUUAUCCUAUUUACAAUAGGAACAAAUAUUGGCAAUAUAAACUUCCCUUUCCCAUGUGUGCAAAUUAAUUUGAGUAUGUUGAGCAUUUUAUUUGUGCUGUAUCGUCUGGGAUUAAUUAUUGGACGAAAUAUCAGUUAUAAUAUUUAUAUUAAUAAAAACAUCUUCUUAUUAAUAUAAAUAUUAAUCAAAGCCAGUGAUCUCACACCCAUAGAGUGAAAACACUGAACAUUAUCUUCCACACUUUGAUAUGAAGACUCACACAUGUAUAAGAAAACUACUUUGGAAAAGCUGCCCACUGUCAUGACUGACAUGCAACUUCGACAUCAAGAUAAGUCGCGCUUAGAGAACAGCAACUGUAGGAAGUAAACCGAAAUAAGUUUUUAUUGAAUUUAUUCAAUUUUAUUUCAUCAAGUGGCUGCGCAAAAUAAAAUCGUCUACAUCUAAAUUAUUUUAUUUUGUGCAAACACUGCGCAAAUCAAAUCAAGUGAAUUCAACACAGUGUUUUUUUUAGUGUAGAUUUUAACCGCUUAUGAUUGACAAAGAAAUUAUAGUCUAAUCAUUCACAGGCCUUGUAAAUGGGUAGCCCCUUAUUGUAAAAUGGUGCCUGUUUGUGUGAUGUUGUUAAAAGUACUAUUGACUAUCCUUGAAUGCAAACUAUAUAUUAUUGACUAGUACUUGGCAAAGUAGACUUUUCAAAUGAGAAAUGUUCAUGCUUCUUUUCGGGGCAAAACAAAAUCGUUGUUUCAUAGUAUUCAACAGACUUUAAAUUAUGUCUUGCUGUCAGUCAAAUAGAAAAAAAACAAAUGCCUUUCCACCAGAUGGAUUGUCUACUUGACUUUAAGCAACUAUGGCAUCCGUAUACCUCUAUAUAUCAGUGUAUACUAAUACACAUUUGAUGUAUAUGGUUUUGCUCAAUGUAAAGUCCUAAAAUUGACUAGGUAAAGCCCCUUACCCCACCGAGACCCCUUUCAAAUGUGUCCAGUGCUGUCCACUCUGGAGCUGUAUGCACUUAUGGUAGCAUUUUUGUACUUUUAUGCUGUGUUAGGUUUGUGCUUUGAAAUACUAUUCGUCACUUGGAGGUAUUUACUUGGGCAUCCAGGUAUUUACAGGGUACACCGUGUUGCUGACUGUUUGUGGUACACACUUUCCAAAGGGUAUUGAUAGCAGUGAUGUACAAAAUUUUGCAUUUCACAAAACAAAGCAGAUUUGGUUCUUUGACAAUCUAAAAAUAAAUAGUGAGUAUGUUGAAACGGUAAAGAUAUGGGGAAUUUUGUAGAAUUUUGUGCAAAACGUUCUGCACUUCAUGAUAAAUUGAUUUUCCAAUCAUUAUAUUUUAACUUUAUUCAAACGGACACUUUAUCAUUGAAUUUAUUGUGUUGUUAAUUACCAUUCAUUAUGUUUUGGUUUAUUUUUCAAGCCAAGCAAGUUUUUUCUUGAAGGGGGGAGGUGACCUGUUGGUAUAGGCAGAAUUCAUCGCGAACAAUUGCCCUUUUGGAAAGAAAAAAAAAA